GGCCGGACCCCCGAGGGGUGGGGUCUCCCCGCGCGCACUCCCGGAAGCGAAGCCGAGCCCGCCCUCCAGUCCCGGAGAGGCGUUGCCUUUGUCGCCGCUCCCGCCGCAGCCACCGCCGCCGCCACCUCGGACGCAGUCGCUGCUGAUUCAGUCAUGCCGAAGCACGAGUUCUCUGUGGACAUGACCUGUGGAGGAUGCGCUGAAGCUGUCUCCCGAGUCCUCAACAAGCUGGGCGGGGUUGAUUUUAACAUUGAUCUGCCAAACAAGAAGGUUUGCAUUGAAUCUGAGCACAGCAUGGACACUCUGCUGGCAACGCUGAAUAAAACGGGAAAGGCUGUUUCCUACCUCGGCCCCAAGUAACACAGGCUGACAGUGUGGAGUGAAGAGGGCAGGGUCCUACAAUGCACAAGGGAGAAUCUUGGGAGGCUAGAUUCUUCUAACCCAACGUACCCAAACACCAGCCAAGGCAGCUCAACACAGGUUGAUGUACUGGGCUUCCCUGCAGCCACAUACUGGACUUCAACACACCUGGAUUCAAAUUUCUCCCCUGCCACUUGAUUGCUGUGACCUUGGGAAAGUUACCGUUUCUUUUUUUCUCAGUUUUCUCAUUUAUAUCAUAGAAAUUACACUAGUACCAACUGUGAUAAUCUCAGAAAUAAAUGAAAUCAUCAUAGCUGCGCAUGAUGGUGCCCACUUGUAAUCCCAGUGAUUUGAGAGGCCGAGGCAGAAGGAU